UCCGUUCGCGUUCGCAGCACUAAAACCGCUGCGAGUGCGAAUGAAUGGGUGAAUGAACAUGGCGACGUUUGAAAUGUUGUUGUUCGUCACCCCGUCGCAGACUGUGCCCUGUUUGCAGUGACACGCCGACUUUUUGGCCUUAUUGAGGGCCAAAGCACGCCCGUCGCCGACUCGCACCGAGGACGGCUGCUUUUCAGGACUGUCGUCGGCCGCUGUGUCCGAUGCGAGGCCGCGGACUGGUGCGAUUGACAUUUCGCAGAAGCAAUAGAAUCACAACACUUCUCGUGUCUCGUCGUUGACCGUUGACCACUUAACGCAAUUGAACCCAAUCAGCGAGACAAUGGCCGGCGAGGAAGAAGGCACCCACUGGCUAAUGACUGUUCUGCGGGACGUCCAGCUUGAGCAGUUUUAUGCCAGAAUCAAAGACGACCUUCAGAUUACCCGCAUCGAUCACUUUGAUUACGUGCAAGUGGAGGACCUGGAGAAGGUCGGCAUGAGCAAACCCAGCGUCAGGCGCCUCCUGGAGCAGGUCAAGAAGAAAAAGAGCCAAAUUAGGAAGAAGAACAUACUGAAUCGCUUGAUCCCGACUAACGGAAAAGCCAACGGAACUCUCAAGAAAUCCAAUUCGGAGCAUGUACCUGUCAGCACGACCUGCCUCAUCCAAGAGAAGGAUGUGGCUCUGGGCGCAAAGCUGGGUGACGGCUCAUUUGGCGUGGUGUGUCAGGGCGAGUGGAGCACGCCAGAUGAGCGGCUGGUUCACGUGGCCGUUAAGGUGCUGAAGGCAGACGCUCUGAGCCAGCCAGGCGCACUGGACGACUUCAUCAAGGAGGUGCAGUCAAUGCACCAGCUGGACCACCCCAAUAUCAUCCGCCUCUUCGGCAUUGUACUGUCCAACCCGCAGAUGAUGGUCACGGAGCUGGCACCGCUCGGCUGCCUGCUUGACUACCUUCGAAAGCAGUGCCAACACACGCCCAUCACAAGCUUGCAUGACUACACGCUGCAGAUCGCGACCGGAAUGGCGUACCUGGAGUCGAAGCGGUUCAUCCACCGCGACCUGGCUUGUCGUAAUAUCCUGCUGGCGUCACCUACACGCGUUAAAAUCGGUGAUUUUGGAUUGAUGCGAGCGCUGCCGCAGCAGGAGGACUGCUACAUCAUGACAGAACGCAAGAAGGUGCCAUUUCCCUGGUGCGCCCCUGAGAGCUUGCGCAGCCGCCACUUCAGCCACGCGUCCGACAUGUGGAUGUUCGGCGUCACCGUCUGGGAGAUGUUCACUUUUGGCGAGGACCCCUGGAUGGGCCUCAACGGCACGCAGAUCCUGCGCAAGAUCGAGAAGGACGGUGAACGCCUAGCACAGCCCGACGCCUGCUCUGAUGACCUCUACGCCAAGAUGCUGCAGUGCUGGGCCAAACUGCCCGCCGACAGGCCUACCUUCAAGGAGAUGUACGAGUACUCGCUGCGGACGUGUCCAGACGUGAUGAAGGCGGCGGUUGCGUUUGAGGAGGAAGGGAAGCUGUCUCUUUCGCCUGGGGACUCGAUCGUGAUUAUUGACGGCCGGCCCGAGUGCCACUGGUGGAAGGGCCAGAACCUGCGCACCUUCGACAUCGGCCACUUCCCCAGGUCGCUGGCGAAUCCCCUGCGCAAGAAAAACGUGGAGGACAUCAGCAGGCCGCUGAAGAACUCGUUCAUCCACACGGGACACGGCUCGGCGUUUGGACAGUGCUGGGGUAGUCCUGCGCAAAUCGACGACGUGUAUCUGAGCAACCCCAUGGAGCCGCCUGACCUGCUCGCCCCUGGCGCUGUUGAUGAAAAAGCGGUCGCCAGGAAGAAAAAACUCUCUCCUGGCAGCAGUUUCAAAGCUCAAAAAGCACAAAAGCAGCAGUACGGCUACCACAAGUUCCAAAAUGAGAGUUUUAACGAUGCCACGUCAUCUGCGGAUGCCGUCAGAAGUCCUACCAAAGCGCAGCAAACACCAAACAAGGGUCCAAACCAAAGAUCUGACGCUGUGCUCAUCGACCUGUCCGAGGACCUGAGGCCUCCUCCGCCGGUGCCGCAAGUCCACUCUUCCGUCCCGCUCAACUCCCUCCCUGAUAUUAUGGAUCUGCCCUUAGAUGUACCAAAUAAUGGUGAAUUUUUUGAAGAUGAUGUGGACGCUGGAGGCCGUUCAUAUGCAAAUUUGGAGCCGGUUAAUGGGGCGUCGAGUAUAGCCUUAUCUGAAGGGCAGCGGUCCUCAUCCCCAGAUCCGUUUGACACGUCGCACGUUCGCUCUGAGCGCUAUUACUCGUCCGUGUCUUCAGAGCCACGCUCAGCCGACGCCAUUUACUCAAACGAGUGGCAGCACUUCAGCUCGCCAUCCUCUCCAGACACGGACCUGGCAGCCGACUUCCAGAACCUUACCUUCCCCAAAACCAGCCAGUUCCUCGCCACGCUGCAGAAGGACCUUGGCAAGCAGGAGGCGUUGGCCAACUUGGACCUCCGAGGGCAGACGGCAAACAACAGCAGUAUUCCAAAGCUGCGGCCACCACAGAGCGCGGCGAGGGUGGCAGGCCACGUGAUGAACUCGUGGGAGAAAUCGGUGAACAAGACCGCCGGUGGUGACCAAGCGUCUGGCUUCGCGGCCGACGACGAAGACUGGGCCAACACGGCCAGCGUCCGGCCCAUCAGACACUCCUUCUCUUCAGAAUUCAACGCACCGCCACUCAAGCCAGAUGCAGAGCACCAGUGUGUGCAGGUUAGCGGGUCUGCGAGCAAAGUGGCCCUGGUGCUUCAGCAGGUUGGCGGUGGCGCUGAAGACGAAGGGGUAGCCGCCCUGCGUGUAGCCAACGGUGAUAUCAUGGCUGCUGUCAAGCAUAUCAAAUUGGAACGCUUAACAAGAUUGGGACUGGCUCCCAAAAUUCAUUGUGAGGAAGCCCUUCGUAGGACAGCCUGGAACAUGGAGGCCGCGGCUUCUUCGCUGCUCGAAGGCAAUUGGAGUAAAUAGUCAUCGUUGCAUUUUUGCGCCAUCUUAGUGUUCUCUGUAUCAGAAACGUCCCUUAAAUCCCUUUGACUGUAACUCAUCAGAACCAAUGCAGUUGACGAUGCAUUUUUAUAACAAUGUAAUAUAAUACUAUCAGUAUAUCGUCUUAGCAUAGAGUCUCUCUAUCUUUAAAUCUGAUUAGCAGUUUGCUGCCUUUCGAAAACAGGGCCUAGCAUUCCAAGUUGAACCAAAUAUUGUGUAUUCAAUGUGCAGGUAAAGCUUACCCACUCUCUCUGUAUGUGUUCUCUGGAGCGAAAUGAUCAUUAUUUUCAAACGAGAUAUGCCCCCAUUUUUCUGCAAAAUAUAUUAAAUAUAUAUAUUUAAACUCUAAGUGAGUUAAA